AUGGCACAACAACACCAAGGAUCCUUGUUGGGUGCGCUUGCACAUCUCACUAAAAUGGAGCAGCGACCUGAUGUUCAACAGCAGCAGAAUACACCUCAAUCAUAUCAUCAGUACCCAGUGCAGCAUCAUCAACCAGAUGCAUCGUUUGGUUAUAACGGAAUUUCAAAUGAACACACCAACCCACAAAGCUAUCAGCACCGGAAUAAUAGAAAUACUCAUCAAUGGAAUGCUACUGAGCGAGGUGGUAAGAAUAGAAGAGGUGGUGACCGGAGUAAUAGAGGUGGGAAUCGUCAGUUUCAAUCCAAUCCAGUCCAGUUUUCUAGACAGAAUGCAUAUCGUAAGCAGAAACAGGAUAUUCAUUCCAAUCAGGAAAUGGGUCCUAAAGUUGGACCAGCUGGGGAGCGAAUCUGGCAGAUAGGAAGAGGAGUGUAUAUGAUUGAUGGAGACGAAGCAUAUUUCAAGCACUCGUUCAUAGACGAUCCUUGGCUGCUGCUGGUGCAACAGAAAGCUGGAUCUCAGCAUUCUAUAUAUUCAAGCACUCCAUCUUAG